CGUCGUAUUCCGCAAAUCAUAUAAUUCCGAACAUAAUGCCGCGGCCUUUCGUUUCUCGCUAAUUUUGUCAUCCUGAAAACUCCGAACACAUAAUUCCGAGGUGAAUUAUAUGGCCGCGAGCACAUUUUUCUCCUCGCACAUAAUAAGAUGGAUGAAUAUAAAGAGCGCUUUGCUUUUCCUCUGUUCGUUUUUUGAAAUCCUGUAGCUCCUUAUUUUCUUAUCAUGGCUGUCUUUCCCGAGCACGCUGUCUCCGACGACGAUGUCCCCCACAAAGCCAAGGACUCCUCCCGAUUUAUAUCCUGGAUUCGCUCUCUUCUCCUCCGCACCCACCUCGACGACGAUGUCUGCAACCAGCAUUACGCUGGCAGUGGCACAGACGACAACCCCUACAUUGUCGAUUACCUGCAGAACGACCGUCAAGACGCCAUGAAUUUCUCGAAGGGACGAAAAUGGGCCAUUGCCGUUCUGCAGUCCUUGUCCAUGUUUGUGGUAACCUAUGCCAGUUCGGUGUAUGCCAGCGGCAUCGGGGGUGUCAUGCAGCGCUUCGAGGUGUCCGAGGAGGUGGCUACACUUGGCUUGUCGCUCUACGUUUUGGGCUUCGCCGUAGGACCGCUGAUAUGGGCCCCUCUGUCUGAGGUGUACGGACGCAAGUCAAUCUAUGUGGUUUCGUACACGGGGUAUGUAGCAUUUUGUGUGGCAGCGGCUUGUGCGCCCAACAUUACGGCUUUGCUGGUUCUUCGCUUCUUUGCGAGUGCGUUUGGUUCGUCGUCGAUGUCGAAUGCUGGGGGCGUUAUCGCAGACAUAUUUAGCAAGGCAGAGCGCGGACUAGCAACAGGGAUGUUUGCUACGGCUCCCUUUCUGGGACCUGCACUUGGGCCCAUUACUGGUGGUUUUCUUAACGAGACCAAAGGCUGGCGCUGGCUUCUCGGUUUGGUAGCCAUACAGGGCGGUGUGAUCUGGAUUGGCACGACACUGGUCACCCCUGAGACCUACGCGCCGUUCAUUUUACGACGUCGAGCCAAGGCUCUUUCUCGAAUGACAGGAAGCGUUUAUGUGUUCCGGAUCGAUGCGGGAAUGCCACCCAAGACACUCUCGCAGCAGCUCUUGGUCUCUUUCACCCGCGUCUGGAUGCUACUGUUCCGCGAACCCAUUGUCUUGCUGGCGUCUCUGUACAUCUCCAUCAUCUACGGUACCCUGUAUAUGUUCUUUGCCGCUAUUCCUAUCGUUUUCCAAGUUACUCGCGGGUGGAGCCAGGGUAUUGCCGGACUUCCAUUUGUAGGUGUUGCUAUUGGCGUCUGUCUUGCUACACUGGCCGCCGGUGUGGACAACAAGCGUUACGUGCGCCUGUGCAAGGCGGCUGCAGCAAACGGAUGUGCAGUCGAGCCGGAAGCCAGACUGGGUACCGCCAUGGCAGGCUCGAUUGUCCUUCCGAUUGGUCUGUUCCUGUUUGCGUGGACGACGUAUCCGUCGAUACCUUGGAUAGUGCCCAUCACCGGUGCCAUGCUUUUCUCUUGUGGACUUGUCAUGGUCUUCAUCUCGCUGACGAGCUAUCUGGUUGAUUCUUAUGUCGUCUAUGCUGCUUCUGUGCUGGCGGCCAACUCAGUGCUUCGGUCCUUGUUUGGCACCGCCUUUCCUCUAUUUACCACUCAAAUGUACAAGAAUCUCGGAAAUCAAUGGGCGAGCUCUAUUCCUGCGUUCCUGUUACUUGGGUGCCUGCCUUUCCCGUUUCUGUUCCACAGGUACGGCCCGCAGAUACGUUCCAAAUGCAAGUAUGCCUCCGAAUCAGCAAAGAUACUGGAGAUGAUGCGUCGUCGGCACGUCGUCAUAAUUAGAGGUAAGCCAAAUGGGCUAGAGGGGGAGGCUGAAUAGAUUGUUUGGUAGAAAUUUCGAUCAGCCUUGAGCUACUUAGCCAACUGUAUGAUCUUGGUCUAAAUGGAUGCUUGCUGUAAUGACACAGGUUGGAUAUUUGUAACUGAAUGAUGGGGAAAGACGCAGAGGGAGGAAAAUCGACAAGUUUUAUGUUUUAAUAGAUUCCAAUACUGUUAAAUUGCCCCAAAUAAUGCUUGUGCCUUAUGUUGCCUGUUCUUGGGAAACCCAUGUCAGUAUCGACCAGUAAAAUCCAGUUGUCCAAUCUGCCACUCGUCCAGGAAAUCAAAACCUAGGAAAUCCAUAUCGAGCGACGGAUUGUUCUCAUACUGCUCCGGUUGAGACGAGACUACGCUGGUCUGUGUAUGGGGCAAAGCGUAUGCAUCCACCAUGCUGCUGUCUUGUGGCUGUGACUGCGCAGAAACUUGAUUAUCAGGCGGAACGAAGUACAGAUUUUGCUUGGCAAGAAUCUUCUC